CAGUGCGCCUGCGCCCAGGGUAGUCGCGGCUGCUGGUCCGGCGGCGGGCCGAGCGGGGACCGGAGGCGGCGGCGGGGAGCGGCGGGGCACCGGCGGGGCACCGGCGGGCACCAUGGCGCAGUACAAGGGCGCGGCGAGCGAGGCCGGUCGGGCCAUGCAGCUGAUGAAGAAGCGGGAGAAGCAGCGGGAGCAGCUGCAGCAACUGAAGCAGAAGAUCGCCGAGGAGAACCUGGUGAAGUCUAACAUCGACAAGAAGUUCUCGACUCACUAUGAUGCGGUGGAGGCUGAGCUGAAGUCCAGCACCGUGGGGCUGGUGACCCUGAAUGAUAUGAAGGCAAAGCAAGAGGCUCUUGUGAAGGAGCGGGAGAAGCAGCUCGCAAAAAAGGAACAGUCGAAAGAGCUGCUGCUGUGAGUGUUCUGUCCGGACCUGUCGCGCCUCCCGUUCUGCCCACGUAGCU